AAGCGAAAAGCCGGUUCCGUGCCAGCCAUGUUUGGUUCAGCGAGCGUCAACACGUGUUGAAACUUGCUUGAAAACGAAUGAAAGACAGUGGAGGCCAGUCGAAUUCAGUCACUGAGAGGAUUUAAUUUGAAGAAAUUCGGCUUUUUAAAUCAUGGGUUACGUGCCUAGAGGCGGCGGUGACCGUGGAGGAGGCGGCAGAGGCCGCGGUGGAGGCGGCUUCCGUGGAGGUGGAGGCGGCGGUGGCUUCCGUGGAGGAAGAGGCGGCGGAGGUGGCCGUGGAGGAUUCGGAGGAGGUGGUGGCCGAGGAGGAUUUGGAGGAGGAGGAGGCCGUGGAGGCGGUGGAGGAAGAGGUUUUGGAGGCCGCGGUGGAGGCAGAGGACGAGGAGGUGGUGGCCGUGGAGGACCUGGUGGUAUGAGUGGUGGCAGAACAGUGGUGAUCGAGCCCCACAGACAUCCUGGAGUGUUCAUCGCCAGAGGCAAGGAAGACGCUCUGGUUACCCUGAACAUGGUCAACGGCGAAUCAGUUUAUGGCGAGAAGAGAAUAUCUGUCGAGGACAAGGAAAAUGACAAGAAGGUGGAAUACAGAGUUUGGAAUCCUUUCCGAUCCAAGUUGGCAGCUGCGAUUCUUGGUGGGGUGGACCAAAUCCACAUGCCUCCUGGCAGCAAAGUCCUCUACUUGGGUGCUGCAUCUGGAACCACGGUUUCUCAUGUUUCAGACAUUGUUGGUCCUGAAGGACUGGUUUAUGCUGUCGAAUUCUCACACAGAUCAGGUCGUGACCUGCUCAAUGUAGCAAAGAAAAGGACAAACAUUAUCCCUAUCAUUGAAGACGCCCGCCACCCACACAAGUACAGAAUGCUUGUGGGUAUGGUAGACUGUAUUUUCGCCGACGUUGCGCAGCCUGACCAGGCCCGUAUCGUAACCCUGAAUGCCAGUUACUUCCUCAAGAAUGGAGGCCACUUCGUUAUCUCCAUUAAGGCCAACUGCAUCGAUUCCACUGCCCAACCUGAGGCUGUCUUUGCCGGAGAAGUGAAGAAGCUGCAAGCAGACAAGAUGAAACCUCAGGAACAGAUCACACUAGAGCCCUAUGAAAGAGACCACGCCGUGGUUGUUGGUGUUUAUCGCCCACCUGCGAAGGGCCAGGCCUAAAACUUUCCAAUUGCAUUUCAAACCCUCUGACCCUCCCAAAAAAAUGAAGAUCCGUUUUUAGAAUAUGUGUCAUUUAAUAAAUAAUGAAGAAUUUAAUUUGAUCGUA